AUGCUGCCGACAGCUUCCAGCAAAAGAAGAACAUUUGCAGCCAGAUAUUUCGCCCGCUCCAAAAGCCUGGUGAUGGGGGAGCAGAGCCGGAGCCCUGGGCAGCUGCCCUGCCCCCGCAGGCUGGGCCCCGUGCUGAAGGCAGGCUGGUUGAAGAAGCAGAGAAGCAUCAUGAAGAACUGGCAGCAACGCUGGUUCGUGCUGCGCGGGGAUCAGCUCUUCUACUACAAGGACAAAGAUGAAACCAAGCCCCAGGGCUUUAUUUCUCUACAAGGGACCCAGGUGACUGAACUUCUUCCUGGCCCUGAGGACCCAGGAAAGCACCUUUUUGAGAUCAGCCCAGGUGGUGCCGGGGAGCGGGAGAAGGUGCCGGCCAACCCCGAGGCGCUCCUGCUCAUGGCCAGCUCCCAGCGGGACAUGGAAGACUGGGUGCAGGCCAUCCGCCGGGUCAUCUGGGCCCCGUUUGGCCGAGGGAUCUUUGGGCAGCGGCUGGAGGACACAGUCCACCAUGAGCAGAAGUACGGCCCCCGCCUGGCGCCGCUGCUGGUGGAGCAGUGUGUGGACUUCAUCCGGGAGCGUGGGCUCACCGAGGAGGGCCUCUUCCGCAUGCCCGGCCAGGCCAACCUGGUGAGGGACCUGCAGGAUUCCUUUGACUGUGGGGAGAAGCCACUGUUUGACAGCACAACCGACGUGCACACGGUGGCCUCCCUGCUGAAGCUGUACCUGCGGGAGCUCCCUGAGCCUGUGGUCCCCUUCGCCAGGUACGAGGACUUCCUUAACUGCGCCCAGCUGCUCACCAAGGACGAGGGGGAGGGGACUCUGGAGUUGGCUAAGCAAGUGAGCAGCCUUCCCCUGGUCAAUUACAACCUGCUCAGAUAUAUCUGCAAGUUUCUGGAUGAAGUUCAGUCCCACUCAGAUGUCAACAAGAUGAGCGUCCAGAACCUGGCAACUGUUUUUGGGCCUAAUAUACUUCGGCCACAGGUAGAAGACCCGGUGACCAUUAUGGAAGGCACUUCUCUGGUCCAGCACCUGAUGACCAUCCUGAUCCGCAAACACAGCCAGCUCUUCACUUCGAGGACCAUGGAGGGGCCAGCCUCCCUACGCGGGGGCCCGCCGUGCACCGUGGGAUGGGGCUCCGAGGAGGUCACCAGGGACGACCAGGCAGAGCCCGGCAGUCCCAGUGCCCCCUGCCUGCCCUCACACAGGACCUCUUCUCUGGAUGGGGCUGCUGUGGCGGCGCUCUCUAGAACCUCUCCCACGGGCCUGGGGAGCCGAGGCAGCCCUGCUGCCACCAGCCUUGGGAAGAAGGUGCAGACUCUGCCCAACUGGAGGUCUUCCUUCCGGCAGUCAGGGUCCCGGUCGGGGAGUCCGAAGGUGGGCACCUCAUCCCUGGAGGUCCCCAUCAUCUCCUCUGGAGGGAACUGGCUCAUGAAUGGGCUGUCCUCCCUGCGAGGCCACCGCCGGGCCUCAUCAGGAGACCGGCUCAAGGACUCGGGCUCCGAGCAGAGACUCUCCACCUACGACAAUGUGCCCCCGCAGGGCUCCUUUCCCAGCACACCCAGUGUGGCCAGCCUGCCAUGGUCUGGGGUCUCCUCCUGUGAGGCCUCGGCCAGGGGCUCGGUCAGCAGCUGCACAGCGUGCCGGGCCAGCAACUCCUCUGCCUGCAGCUCCCUGCACGUCGAGGGGGCCCUCGAGCCCUCCCCUGUCCUCAGCAGCAGCGAAGAGCGCAGAUCCGUGGAUCUGGACCAUGGCCUGGAUGGAGUGGGCGCCUGCAUCAGCAGCAGCGAGCCCAGUGACCCGGGCAGCCCCGCCCAGGACCACGACCGCCGAACCGAGGUUCUCCAGGGCCUGGUCACAGAGCUCAGAGCAGAGCUGUGCCGGCAGAGGACUGAGUAUGAGACGAGCGUGAAAAGACUCGAAGAAGGUAGUGCCGACCUGAGGAAACGAAUGUCACGGCUAGAAGAAGAACUAGACCAAGAAAAGAAAAAGUACACAAUGCUGGAAAUAAAGCUGAGGAACUCGGAGCGGGCACGGGAGGAUGCAGAAAAGAGGAACCAGCUGCUGCAGAGAGAAAUGGAGGAGUUUUUUUCAACCCUGGGAAGCUUGACUGUUGGGGCAAAAGGUGCCAGAGCGCUGAAGUAA